AUGCCAAAAACCCCCGACGUUUACCACUUAAACGACCCAACAUCCUUUGCUUACUCGACAGCGAGAUCGAGAUGGCCAAAGAUCAUAACUCAAUCAAAGCACGACGUGUUUGCACAUGCAGAAAAGUCAGAAGACGCCGAAUUGAAGAAGCAGAGUGAACAUAUAGUGGAGGGCAUUGAGUUGCUGCUCCGAGAGAUAGAAGAUGGUGUUUCCAUCAGAAAAUUUACCGAGUCCGAGGUGGCACUUAUUCCUAGUUUGCAGUCGUACAACGACAUCCUGGCUACAAUGAAAGAAAAACCAACGUGGUUGGCCGGACCAUGGCUUUUCACAGAAUGCUAUCUCUAUCGGGUUUUGGAUACGGUUGUGAAGUCACAAAGCAAGUGGGUGGAUUUCGACAUUUUCGAGGUCUUGAAACGGGAUACUUUCAAGUCUUCCAAGUUUGGUAUCUACGAAUUGGCAAUCAGGUACAAGAAGUUGAGCGAGGAGCUCAAGAAAACGCCCCAAGUUGAGACCGAAAAGCUAAGAAUACUUUUCGAGGAAUUCGUUGACAUCUCUUUGUGGGGGAAUGCCACUGACCUCUCACUUCUCGCCAAUGCCACACUCGAGGAUAUCCAGUCUAGACAAGGAAAGGAGGCCAGGGAAAAGUCCGCUGAGAAUAUCAUUGCCAAUGACUUACCAGAGGCUUGGUCCAGGCUGGUGGCAGUCCCUUUUGAGGAGAGAAGAGUUGACUUUGUUCUAGACAACGCCGGGUUUGAAUUCUACACCGACCUGUCGUUGUCCUUGUUUUUACUGGAUGCAAAGUUGGUGAAAACAGUAGUGUUCCAUUGCAAAACCAGACCUUGGAUGGUCAGCGAUACAAUGGUCAAGGACUACAAGUUGUUUUUGCAAGAUAUGAGAAACUCCGACUGGUUCCCAGAUCACCAAGAGGAAUUGGAAUAUUUUGUCAGCUCCAUUGAAUACUACCAUAGCACCAAACAAUUUCAAUUGGUUGACUCUGAAUUUUGGACUAGUGCACUUGACUACUCGUACCUGAGCCCACACGAAACUAAAUAUGGAGGUGCAGAAUUAUACAACUAUUUCCAAGAGUCGACCUUGGUGAUUGUUAAAGGUGAUUUGAAUUAUAGAAAAUUGACUGGCGACAGAAUGUGGCCGAAGACAACACCAUUUGUCAACGCCAUAGACCAGCUUGCAACUUCAAACAUUCACGUCCUAGCCUUGAGAACAUGUAAGGCGGACGUUUGUGUUGGUCUUCCAGACGGCUUGGAAGAAAAGCUGAUUGAAUUUUGGAAACAGCAAGGAAACGAUGUCGGGGAGUUGUGGUGCUCAUCUGGAAAAUGGGCUGUCAUCUCAUACUCGGCUGGAAAUAGUUCCAUUAACUAG